UCUUAGUUCAUGUUAUUAUAGGAACAUCCUCGAGUUUCCCCACACGCGGUUUCCGUAGACCUUUUCCUUUUACGGCAGUGUUCUUUUUCAUCGAGAAGAUUCGUUAUCCGAAAGAAUUGGUCUUUUAGUAAAAUAAUGUCGACAUUAGCAAGCCCGUUGGCCGUUGGAGGCAGUCGGCAAUCUGGCGCUCCCGUCCGCACACAAAAUGUUAUGGCAGCCUGUGCGAUUGCAAACAUUGUGAAAAGCUCUCUAGGUCCAGUUGGUCUGGAUAAAAUGAUGGUGGAUGACAUCGGAGAUGUUACCGUGACGAAUGAUGGUGCGACGAUACUGCAAUUGUUAGAGGUUGAACACCCAGCAGCUCGUGUUUUAGUAGAAUUAGCUCAGCUACAAGACGACGAAGUUGGUGACGGUACAACUUCUGUGGUUAUCCUGGCUGCAGAGCUACUAAAAAAUGCAGAUGAGCUUGUCAAACAGAAAAUUCAUCCUACAUCGGUUAUUAGUGGUUAUAGGCUUGCUUGCAAGGAGGCCUGCAAGUAUAUUCAGCAACAUUUAACUGUCAGUUCGACCGAAUUGGGAAGAGAUUGCUUAGUUAAUGUAGCAAAAACUGCAAUGUCAAGUAAAAUCAUUGGAGCAGAUGCUGAUUUUUUUUCUGAAAUGGUUGUUGAUGCUGCCAAUGCCGUCAAGAUCAACGACGUUAAAGGAGGAGUCAUAUAUCCAAUUAAAGCAGUGAAUGUAUUAAAGGCUCAUGGAAAAAGUGCUCGAGAAUCAAUCUUGGUGCAUGGCUAUGCAUUGAAUUGUACCGUAGCUUCUCAGGCAAUGGUCAAAAAGAUCACAAAUGCAAAGAUCGCUUGUUUGGACUUUCCCUUGCAAAAAGCCAAGAUGAAGUUGGGAGUCGAGGUUCUUAUUACGGAUCCAGAAAAACUUGAAGGUGUCCGUCAACGCGAGUGCGAUAUUACAAAAGAACGUAUUCAGAAAAUUUUGUCCGUCGGAGCUAAUGUAAUUCUCGUCAGUGGUGGAAUCGACGAUUUAUGUCUUAAGUAUUUCGUCGAAGCUGGAGCAAUGGCCGUUCGCAGAUGUAAGAAAGUCGAUCUGAAAAGGAUCGCCAAGGCAACGGGUGCGCAUUUCGUUACAUCCCUAUCGAACAUGGAGGGCGAGGAAAGCUUCGAUGCUAAUAAUCUAGGUGAAGCUGCAGAGGUAGUUCAAGAAAUGGUCUGUGACGAUGAACUCAUCUUGAUUAAGGGGCCUAAAGCAAGGACAGCCAGUUCUAUUAUCUUACGUGGACCGAAUGAUUAUUAUUGUGAUGAGAUGGAGCGAUCGGUGCACGAUGCUCUGUGCAUGGUGAAGCGAGUUUUGGAAAGCAAACGCAUAGUGGCUGGUGGUGGAUGUGUUGAAGCAGCGCUAUCAAUAUAUCUAGAGACAUUCGCCACGUUUUUGAGUUCCAGGGAGCAGCUGGCUAUUGCAGAAUUUGCAAAAUCACUGUUGGUGAUACCGAAAACAUUAGCUGUUAAUGCGGCUCAAGACGCAACCGAUCUUGUCGCUAAAUUAAGGGCUUAUCACAACUCCAGCCAAACGAAACCUGAUCAUGCGUAUCUCAAAUGGGUUGGACUAGACUUGACAGAAGGAACUGUCAGAGAUAACAAGACAGCCGGAGUGUUGGAGCCUGCUAUUUCCAAAAUCAAAUCAUUGAAAUUUGCCACCGAAGCGGCUAUUACCAUCCUGCGAAUCGAUGACAUGAUCAAGCUAGAUCCUGAACGUCCAAAGGAUAAAUCCUAUCAAGACGCCAUGGCUGCAGGAGAAUUAGAUUAAACAAACACUAAUUUUGUGCUAUUUUCCGUUCACGUGUUGAUAUUUCCAUUGAACGAAAGUCUGGUACGAGGGCGUUCGUCUUUCAUUAACACGGUUAAAGCUAAACAAAACGUAUGAUUAAUGAUACAUUAAAUAAAUUUUUACAUCAUUGUAUUAAUGUUCGCAUAAAUUAAUGAAAGUACAACUGCGCGUAUACCGCAGUAAAUGUGUACCGUCGCGAGUACUUCAAAUAAAGCUUUUUCAUUUUA